GUGUGCGUCGUCUUCGUAGCAAGUCAACGAACGAAGUUCAUCGAGCCAACUGACUGAGGCUCCGUCGUCUGAAGUUCGUUGUUUUCAAAAUUGUCCCAUUCAACAAAAAAACAUUCUGUAAUCGAAUUACCGACGCCCUUUGUUGAGGUGGAGCGUUAUCUUGAAGAAAACAUUUCAUUAGCUCAAACCAUGUUUUGGAUCAAGUACUUACUUAUUGCUGUCGUGAUGCAUCUUGCAGAGAACAAGGUGCUUUCGCUGCCCUACCCUCCGGACUCUUCCGGCCGGUGCGGGGACCCUGACGCAUAUUUCGAAGAAACGUUGAAAGCCUGCUGCACCAGGUGUGCGCCAGGGUCUUAUGUGAAGAGUGUCUGCAGUGCAACCGCGAACACCGUCUGCGAGGAGUGCAAAAAGGGAACCUACUUGGAGGAGGUUAAUUAUGCCAAGAGUUGCAUACGGUGUAGGACGUGCCGAAGAGACUGGGGCCUGGUAUACGAGGAAGACUGCACCGCCUCGUCUAACGCCAAGUGUGUGUGCAGACCGGGCACGUACUGCUACAUCCGAGAACGCGGCUCCUGUGUGGAGUGCACAGAGCUCACCACCUGCCCCCCAGGACAGGGGGUCUCCCCUGAGGAGGCCGAUUCCGAGGACGCUGAUGUCAGUUGUUCACCCUGCGCUGCCGGAACGUUCUCCAACGAAUGGUCCUACAGUCAGACUUGCCAACCACACACUGAUUGUGAAGCCCAAGGAGGGAGAACUCUUCACCGGGGCAAUGCCACUUCCAAUAGCGUCUGUGGCCCGUUCCCGGGGCCCCGUGCCCCUGAGGGCCCAAAGGCAACCACCCCAACGACAACCACCACCACCACCACCACCGCUACCACCGCAGCCGCAGCCAGAAGCUACCGGACUACAGUCAAGAUGUUUACUACCGCCGAGACACGCACACCUGACCCGAGCAGGACCCGAGGCCUGGAGCAGAUCAACACUGUCAGCAUCAUCGUUGGGGUGCUGGUGGCUGCUGCUGUGCUGGGGUGUGUGAUUGUGUUCCUGUUUGUCUAUUUGAUCCGAAAGAGGACAGGUGACGCAAAUAACAAUAUGAAGAAGGAGGGCAACAAGCCCCAGCACAGUGCCUCCAUACUGGGCCUGCAGGGGUCAUUCCGCUCCCAGCCUCCCGAGCAGCAGUGCCUGCUGGGAGAAAAGGACUCCAGCAACCCUUCCCUCUCCCUCUCCUCCUCCUCCUCCUCCUCUUCCUCCGCCAGCUCUGAUCCCAGGUCCCUGGUCGACCCCGAGGUCGCUGCCCACAGCGGGGCGUGUGCUGAAGGCCUGCAGGCCAGCAGCCCGGUGGUGAUGCUCAAUAUCAGCGCCACCAUCAGCUGCCAGCUGCCGCCCGGCACCCAGCUGCGGCCCGUCCCCACCGGCCCCGCCACAACAGACUCCAGCGCCUCCACCCAGGACCUGCCCCUCUCCACCCUCCCCUUCUCCACCCGGGACAUGCCCCUCUCCGCCCCCGACCUGCCCCUCUCCACCCCCGACCUGCCCCUCUCCAAAGAGGAGGAGAGGAGGGACCCCUCUAAGGAGGCGCGCGCGGCGGUGCAGGAGAGCGGGAAGGAGGUGUGUUGAGAAGAGGAGGGGCGCAGUGGGGGCCCGGUUUGGGGGGCGGUCAAGGGGAAGGCGAAGGUGCUCUUUAAAGUGGGGCUGUCUUCAACCGGCAGCUGUGAUGCCGGGCGAACGUGCUCUUUAACGUGGGACUGUCUUCAACCGGCAGCUAUAAUGACAGGAUAACGUUUUCAUUCGGGUUUAUGACAUACCUGACACCUGCAAUGCAACCCCCCCCCCCCCCUCCCUCCCUUUUGCCUCAACAUUUUUUUAUUUGCUGUUUAUGGUUGCCAUGCCACCCAGAUUUUUUGUGGUUUGGGUUGGGGGGGGGGCGGGGGGGAGCCCCAAAUGAACCUACCCCAUUCGCAGCCCAGAAAACCGGAAGUGUGGCGCAGACCCUAUCAGCAGUUACCUGGGCGACAGGGGCUCUGCUGUACCUCAGCUGUGACCCCUGACCCCUGACCCCAGACCCCUGACGGGCGGCUGAACUCGUGUGACACUGUGCAGCUGUGGAGGUCAGCCAGCAGGGGGCAGCUCCGCCCCCGGCGUGGAGCCCUGGCGUGUGGGAGCCAGAGGAGGCGAUCCCUCCGUCCGUUCAUCCGUCCGCGUCUGUUCAGCGACCCCCCCCCCCCCCCCCCUCCGUCUGUGGCUCAGGGCAUUUCCAGGAAGUGGCCCCUCAGUGGUGCAGCCUGGGAGACGCAGUGCUGGCCCCAGAACACGUGCCCUCCUGCCUGGCAGAGCUGACUCAGUCCUGGAGCAACGGUGGAGCCAAACCUCAAAGGCCUUUGCUUUCGGUAUGAGUGGGGCCACCCCUUUUGCCGGCAGAAGGGUCAGAACUUUUAACUGCUGUAGCUGACUUCGCUCAGCCAGACUGUGUAACGGAAGAACACAGAGUAUGUUCAGGCCCGCACACUGACGACACUCUGUAUGUGCUGUUGAUUUUCUCUGACAGAUGUGGUGUCGAUACUAAUGGCAUUUGCCUGUUUUUGCAUUUGAAUGUCAUAUUUAUGAGUUUCUGAAUUGCUGUUACCAUACUGAUUGGUCCUGACAUGAGAGAGAAUGCUUUUUGCAAAGUCUGUGUGUCUAAUGACCGAAUGAACAAGAUUGUGUGCAGUCGCACACCAAAAUCCCACUGUGGAUUCAGUGUCAGUAUCUAUCAUACCUAAUCCAGUCGACAUGGUCUGUUGAAAGAUGGGUUAUACGUUGUUUUAAAACAUUUUUAUAUUGUAUAUCACUGGACUACUGAAACAUUAUGAAGCUACAGUACUGUGAACCAGUUAAAUAUUUAAUUUCAUGACUUAAAAUUACAGCUUGUAAAAUAUGCUACAAAUGUAUUUAAUAAGAACAAACCUACUCUGCGAAGAGAGAUGGGUUUGUGUUAGCUUGAGCGUAGUUUUGCAGUUUCGGACAAAGCAGAAAACAAGCUGCAGAAACUGCAUCACAUUUGCACCUUUCUGUGUAUUUACAUAUACUUCUGAUUACUUCUGACAGUACAUGUACUAACUAGGAGAUCUUAACAUGUAACCUUAACCUCUGUAUAUAAUAGAGCAAAAUCAAUUAUUUGAAUGUAGUCAGUUGGGUUCUCUCCUGAAAGAAACAUGAUCAGGAAGCGAUAUUUGGACCUUUGGCGCCAUCUGGUGGGGAGAUGAUGUUGCACAUCCUUCCAGCCGUUAUCAAGAAGUUGAUUUUUUUUGUUCAUUAGAUACUAUCUUUUAAUUAAUAUUUCAAUCUCAAUGAAUACAUUUUUUCCUCUGAAAACAGAUUCAAUGUAUCAAAACAAUCAAGUCCUAAUAAAGUAUUGACGGCUUUUUGUAACUUUUGUGUAACAGCGUCUUAACAUUAGGGGGCCAUACAACAGUAAAUUAAGCUUUUCAGUAUUAAAAAGGGCUUCAGUCAUUGAUCAUUUAAAAAACAUGUUUAUUGGUUACAGAUAUGCAAACUAGCAUUGUGCGUUGUUCUAUGAUGACAAAUAAAGUACAAAACAACGUAUUAAA